UUGUAAGUGGACACGAACGUGAUCAAAAAGUGAAAAGUGAAUUAACUAACGCGACAGAAAAUUAUAGCUAUGUUGUAUAGGGUUUUCCUCCUCGUCUUACUUUGUCAAAAUGAAGUCCGCACCGAAAAAACAGUGAAAAAGAGAAACACAGAUGAUUCUUUUGAUAUAAAUAUUGGAGCCGGAUAUGGGUUCGGAAAUGAAUAUUCGUCAUCCAGCUUUCCACGAAGUACCAUGACAAUCAAUCAUUCCACAAAUUACUUAUCAAAACUACUAGGAGAUGAGCUCACCAUGAACCAGAACUAUGGAAUCAAUGGGCAUCAUUUGUCUACUCCUGAUACCCUUGAAAUGCAAGAAUCUGUCAGAAAAGUUAUCUCCCAGAAUCCUCAUGUCGAUACUUGGAAGAACGAAUUUAGAAGAGGUCAAUAUCAAGCGAAGGAAAUCAUGAAUAUGGGAGAUAUUCAAAACGUUCUCCAUAAUCUAGACGGCAAAUCGGAGUAUUCGAAGGUACUGCAGGUCGUAAAAGUACCAGCCAUAUAUGAGAUACAUUUGGAAAAACUGCAGAAGAAUAAAGAAUUUGAUCACAAACGAAAGGAGUUUUUAAAAACAAACCCCAAACAAUUUCGAAAAACUAAUACUAUGAAAAAUCAAAAUGUGCAUGAAGAUGAAAUAGUUUAUGGAAAUACCAAAACAGAUUUCAAAGACUUUGCUAAUAUAGAUGAUUGGUUAAAGGAAGGUGCAGUAAAUUAUCAAGUUGAAGGAACUGGCAAGGAUAAUGCAAUCCCCAAACCCUACAUCAAUAAAACACCAACAUUGAAUUGGAGUCCUUUCAUAGGAGGUGAUGUUCCAGAUGAGAUCUACAUCAAAAAUAAUCCAAAACAAGUGAAACAUUCUCAAUACCAUCAAGAAAACUCUGGGUCCAUUUCAAAUCCAAGUACACCUCUAGUGAACUUUCCUGAAUAUAAACCUCGAAAGAAUAAAAUGAAUAACAACACCAAAUCAUCAAUCCAGUAUCCAAUUUUUGAAUCUACCAAAAAUAUAUACAAUGUAGUCCCUUUCAAACAACCCCAAGCUAUGUUUGAGGUACCUCCACCUGCCCUAGGAAACCACCCUUUUCUCAAAAACCAACAUCCCCCAAGGCCAGUUGUCAAUUCAUAUUCGACCUUAUCGCCAGUGUUACCAUAUCAUCUGAAUCCAAGCCAAACUGUGAGAUUUUUCAGAAACACACAAAGAACAGAUGAAGAUAGUUCUGAUAAAAUUGCUGACAAUGAUUUUCAACAAACUUCAUCUUCCCCAGAUUUAAUCAGUACUUCUGUCAAACCUGCUGUGAUUUCAGCCACAUUUCCUCAACAGUGGACAGAUAGAAGUUUCCUAAAUCAAAACUGCAAGGAGAGAGUUGACUAUUAUGAUUCCCUACAUCAACAAGGUCAUGCUUCUUCCAGAAUAGAUAACAUAUACCUCACCACGGAUAUGCCGGAAAAAAUGACUUCCAAGUCUUUAUCCAGAGCUCCAAAGUUUAUGGUUCCACGAAUAUUGAGACCCAGUAUUAUCAGGAGAAAUUGGGAACCUCUUAAAUAUUUCAUAUACAUCAACGAGAAAUAUUCAGAUGAAGACGACAGAAAGUGAAGAAGAUAUUUCCAGAAUUAAAUUACUCUGGACGGGCUAAUACGAGAAGCGUCUAGAGACCACAUGGAAUAGAGGAUUGCAGUGCUGUAUUAGUGAGAGUUCUAAUAAUUAUCGUAGAUCAUAUGAUAACGUGAUCUGGAGUUCAUAUGCAGAUGAAGUGAAUCCAACAAAAGUGUGUAUUAAUCUCCUAAUAUAAGUCAAUAAGAUGCUUUUCUUUUAUUUUUGUAAUGUACAUGUAUGUAUCUAUUUAUAUUUUAUAUAUAGCCUAGUACUCCCGUUUGACUAUAUAGUCUAAUAAAAUUUUAUAAGUGUUAUGUAAUGCAAGGCAAUUGUAAAAUUUUGCAAUAAUGAAUAAAAUUCUAUUCUAUUCUAUUCUCAGCUAAUGGACAUAUUUAGCUUGUGUAAAAGAGAUUUCGUAGAUCUGAAUAUUUUUCCUAACUGAUUGUGGUAUAUGGUACUAGUGCGGCCUGUCCAAAUAUA